AUGAGCACCCAACAACAUCACCGCUCUGCGUCUCACACUGCAUCCAUUGUGCAUGGAAAUGCCGACCAGUUUAGAGUUCAGCAGUCGGCACCGCCCUUUGCCCAAAGUGCUGCUAGACCCCCGCCACCACCUGCUUCGCUCCCCAUCAUCGCUCGAUCGACAAAGGGCUACUGCCGGCACUGCCGCACCCACGUAGGCGACUUUUACAACUCGUGGAGUCGAAUCACUGGCACUCUUCAUGUUCCUGCCCUGCUCGGCUCCUACUCAUCGCGCCUCAAGACUGCUGGCUCCCCCGAGCCUGCACUCAAGGGCACGGCUCUCAAUGGAUGCACCAUCCAGCCUUUGUCCUGCCCACACCCUGGCUGCGGCGAGACAUCAAUUGGUUGCACUGUCAUCACUGCGCCUGCCGGUAAAGGGAAAUUUCGUGGCCGCGAUCUCUUUAACCUAAGCCGCAUUGAGCUGCAAUGUGAGAUAGCUCCAGGGCAGAUCAUUGUCAUCGAACCGCGUGAAGACAUUGCACCAGACCUAUUAGCUGCUGAGGAGACGCCUAGUCCUCCUCCUUCAUCAUCAUCUUCAUCUUCUUCUCCACCAAACAACAUUCCCAACCCAUCGUGGACCAAAGCCAUGGAGGUUGACACACGCAUGCCGUCGUUGCACCAAUCGGCGUAUUCUCAUACUCAAAUGGGCAUACGUCACGAUCUCGAUCGCGAUGCCGCAAAGCAACAUCUCAUGUAUCCCAUUGAUCACGAUAGACAGUCACGAAAACAAUUAUCGUCAUCGAUACAUUCUCCUCCAGUGACCAAUUCCUUGCUCAGUGCUGUUCAACCAGCACCAAGCAAAAGACCAUCAAUUUCAUCCCCCGCAGCGGAGCCAAUACACCAGGCUGAUUCCCCGCAACAAGUAUCCGCCACACACCCCACUGGUAAUGUGCGUGAGUCUCGGGGUAGUGUGUCUAAACCACAGCCUGCCCCCGAAACAUCACAGACAAAUGGUCACCAGUACCCUCGCUCACCUGGCAUGGUGGGCAUGGACGCUAUUGAGCGUUUACAAACACAAAUUUCUCAAAAUAGCGGCGCCCUGGCUGCUCACACUCGAGAUAUACGUCGUGGCGAAGAGACCUUUCAACAAGUCGAGGAAUCCCUUCGUCGUGAGUUUCAGGCCCAGUUGUUCCGACAGACGGCCGACAUCCAAAAGGUGGAAGAGUCUGCAGCACGACUACAACACGAAAUGCAAGGCAUGCGCCAUGCAAUGGAAGCCAUCAGCCGAGAGAUGGAGGCUUGGAGAAUUGACAAGCAAUCACGCAAAUCCGUCUUUUCCCCAAGCCACCAGAUGGCCGCUCAAGACUCGGCACUCGAACUCAUGACACAACAAAUCGCCGUCAUGUCCCACAAGACAAGCGAUCUCGACAAUCUAAAGCUCCACAUUGAGAUCAUGAAGAACAAAAUCUACCGACUCGAAGAAAGUGCCAAGGCUGCGUCAUCUCAGCCGCCAUCACACACAUUCCAACUUCCACGUGAGACGGCAGUUGCACCUAUCCCAUCGACGCAUGCGGCGGUGUCAUCUCACCCCAGCACCCCAACGAUUCCACAAGCCAGCGAUGCAUCUCGCCGUGCCUCAGGUGGUCAGCACCACCAGCCAUCGUUUGCACAGCCAGCACCCAAGCCUGUAGUGGAAGCCACACCGAGAAGUGAGCUUGUGCCUAGUCAGAGCAGCGGAUGGGCGACUGUCAACGCUGGAGUGAAACGAAGUUCCCAAAGCGGCAUGGACAGCCCCCAGGAGAGCACCAUGCAUGGGCCAAGUUCCCCAAAGCGACCAAAACUGGGCGAAGCUGAGCCAUUCCCUGGCUACACUGCCGCGCAACCACCACCUAGUCGUGCCGCAGUCGAACCGACAGACGCUCGAUUUCCAACGCCUGCACAUGCCAUUACAUCUCAAAAUCCUGUAGCUGACCAGGUUCCCUCGUCUCAACCGCAGCAGCAACCUUCCUAUUCUCCAUAUACCCCGCAGUAUGCGCCGUCAGACGACAGCUGGCGGGCCGAUUCCCAACGUAUGAUGGGAUAUCGACCCCGUGGGCGUGGGCGUGGCGGCGGAGGACCCGGCAGUCGGGGCGGUAGAGUUCGAAAGAGCAUGCUUGUCCAGCCUCAUGGCACCUUUGCAACACCAGAAUGGGAAGCGGAUGACUGGCAGAGCCUUCGCAGCUCACAAGGUAGUCCAGAAGACUUCCACGCCCACAUGGCACGAUCCGGUCGCGGUAGCAUAGCGCGCCGUGGCAGUGGUGGCAGUGGUGGCGCACGCGGAGGCUACAUGACAAAUGAUCGCACUUCAAGUCUCGGCCUACAAGGGGUGACGGCUGGCAUCAGCUUUGGGCCUCCAGGUGAGGCGUACGGCUCUGCAAAGAGGACUCGUACAAAGCCGGUGCGCAACGCGGAUGGUGUGCUUAUUCGAAAGGAUGGCCGUCCUGAUAUGCGUUCGCAAUCGUCAGCCGCCAAUCUGCGUAAGGUGCAUGCCCGCAAGGAAAAUGAAUCUAGCCACUCUCCUACGCCCGCAAGCAUCCAAUACGCGGCCCCGGUCAGUGCGGCUGACACACCCAGCCCUACCGGGCUUGCAGCUCACCCGAACGCGACCGAUAAGCACAAGGCGAUCAUGGGCAAGAUCUUCCCGGAAGGUUUGGACGCAUCCCGGAAGCAACAUGACUAUGCUAGUCAAGUGUUUUCAGAGGAAUGCGACCACACUGUUCAUACGCGGUCACAUGGUCACCGUUCUGCAGCCAAGGCGGACAAGUCCGUUAAGAAGGAGCAAGGUGGACAUGAUGCAAGUCCCAGGCAAAAACAAAGCCCAGAGAGAAAAGAUGUAGAUAUGGAUAGGGCUGACAGUCAUGCUGCUGAUGAGGACGAGGAGCAUGAAGAGGAGUACGAGGAAUACGAAGAAGGACACGAAGAGGAAGGCGAGGAUGAGGAUGAAAUGCAGGCUCCCGAGCGAUCUGGUGAGCACGCCAAAGCACAUGGAGAGAUUGCAAUAAAACAAGCAGAAGAUGAAAAUGCCACUACCACUGGCUCGAGAGCUGGGUCAGAAAACCAGGCAGUGGAGAGCUCAGCGGCAAAUGACGAUGACUGUAUACAUGUACAAGCUUAA